UGGGCGCAGUCACCGCCGUAUCCUCCUCUGGACAUCAUUGUGCAUUUGGUUGAGGUGUAUUUUGAGUCUAUUCAACCUGAAUUCCCACUUCUCCACCGCCCGAAUCUUCUUAAAUGCCUCUAUUCUGGAUCAUUGCUUACUGAGAGGCAUUCACCCCUUCUUCUCAACGCGUUAUUCGCCCUCGCGGCAAAAUUCACGGAUGAUCCGCGAGUACAUUCUUUCGACCUAUCGCUUGCACAAUGCUUUUCUGGUGCAGAGUCUCCAGGCACAGCCCACACUCGAAAGACUAGCCGUCGCGAGAGGGGAAGGGGGUUUUCUCGGCGAGCCGGCGAACUUCUCCAAGACACAGCUCACGAGUAUGAGAAUCUGGAGCUGGAUGCCAAUAUGGCCGAUAAGCCAUCGAUUUUACUCAUUCAGGGGGCUGUGUUGCUAAGUUAUGCCGAGCUUUCACGGGGCGCAGUACAUCGAGCUUACUCACUGAUCUCAAAAUGUGUGCGAAUAGCCUACGAUGCAGGCUUGGAUCGAAUAGACUCAGUGGAGAACGCCCAAUCUAUUGAUCAUAUCUCGAGCCACCAGACUACGGAUUGGAGAAAAGAAGAGCUGCGCCGCGCAUGGUGGUGUAUUUGGGAGCUUGAAAGUUUUGUUUGCAACAUCCUAUGUCGCACUCAAAUAACCAACCUGACGAACUGUCAAACGAAACUCCCAAUGGACGAUUUGGACUGGUUCGACGGCACAGAGAUACCAUCCUACUUCCUGCCAAGUAAUUUUGAGCAGUGGUCCAGGCUUGACAUUGCAUCGACACGCAUUUCCAUACUGGCGCAUCGAAUCGUGGCAUUGCACUUCUUAUUGGCCAUCGUCGGGCUGGAAGUGAAAGAAAGCUCUGAUCUUUCCACGGCUUAUGCAGAAAUUGAGCGCUGCGUAACAAUAUGGAGAAAAUCGCUGCCUCUAGAAUUCACGUCCUUAUCUCAGGUUCAGAAUUGUCCUGAUUAUCUCGACUCGAUUACCCUGUUCACAGCUAAAAAGCGAAUGUUUGAGGGUUUCAAUGAUGCUACGGCGCCUGAUUACUGUCAGAGCUACUCCAAGUGGCUUUCAUCCAGAAUAGAACAGGACCGAUAUUCCAUGAGACCUUCACAGUCUCGGAAGUUCUUCGAGACCAUCCGCGCAUCAGAUAAUAUUUGCGGUGCGAUCAAGCACUGUUCCAGUCACAUAAUCCAUCGUUCUUCGCCACUGAUUGUUGUCAGUCUAUGGGCGCCGGCCUGCAUUCAAUUUCUAGUCAAAAUAUUUGCUACCUCGAACGGGGAGCUUCGCGACAAAGCUUCACUAUCUCUGCAGACUCUCGUAUCUGCCAUGGAACAGUUUUCAGAAUAUUCAGGGCUUUGCCAAAUAGUUUUGAGUCUGUAUUUUCUCUCCAGCUGGAAGACGUUAUCUAACUGUCAUCAUAGCACGCUUCCAAGAGUAUAUGCAAAAACUCAGUCGUUCUGA